ACAUACAUGUCCUCAGUGCAGGAGGCCGGCACCUGCAGCAGUGAUAGGUUCCCUGGCCGUCUAGUGACGUCAGGUGCGGCGGCCAUUUUCCCGUGGUCUGAGCUCCGCCUUCCUUCUAUCAAUCCCACAAGGCAGCAGGAGUAAAGGUCUCUUAGCCCACUUGGAUCUAGCAUCAACCGAGGCCUGUGGUGUUUUGUUACUAUUAUUAUAUAGGGGUUACACAGUAGUGAAGAAGACAUCUGGUGAGUGUGAGACACCCAGCAGCCGUUGUAUUGUAUCAGGAGGACUAAGCAAAACCCAGAGCCCCAUCACGGUGCCUCCAACUCACUCACUGAUACAUGAGACAUAAUGACCAGAAGAUCCUGGAACUCCCCAACAAGAUCAUUCAGCUGCUGACUGGAGAGGAGGGAGAGUAUAUAGAGGAACACAGGGUUCUGUACAAGGACACGAUGAUGGAGAAUCACCGGACCCUCACAUCACUGGAUGGACCCAGUAACACAGAUACCCCAGAGAGAUGUCCCCAUCCUCUGUAUUCCCAGGACUGUACAGAGGGGAAUCACAGAGUCCCACAGGAGGGUCAGGUAGACCUUCUGUCUGAUAUUAAAACGGAAGACAUAGAAGGAGAAGAAGUAACUGAUAUAAAAGAAGAAGAUACAGAGGGAGAAGAAGAGACGUAUGUGACUGAUAUAAAGGAAGAAGAUAUAAAGAGAGAAGAAGAGACGUAUGUGAGGGGUGAUCAGCAGUGUAAGGAGGAGGAGAUCCCUACAAAUAUCGGCACAGCAGAUGGACACACAAGCAGGAAUAUCUCAGAAGAACAUCUAAUGUUAUUCCCGGAUUGUGAAAUGAAAGAUAAUGACAGGAGACAGGAUUCUCCAGGAGCUAAUCCCAUUAACCCAAUUAUACAUCCAUCUUUAUCAGAUGAUCCCCCUGAUCAUGGGAAAUAUUCUCCUGAUCACUCUGGUAUUGGUGCAUCUGUUACAGCUCUGACAGUAGAUACAGUGUUUCCCUGUUCUAUAGAUGACAAAUGUUUUACACAGAACCCAAAGCCUAUUACCCAUCAGACAGGUAAGGUAGGUGAGAGGCCAUUCCCAUGUUCUGAGUGUGGGAAAUGUUUUACAUACAAAUCAGCUCUUGUUACACAUCAGCGAAGUCACACAGGGGAGAAGCCAUUUCCAUGUUCUGAGUGUAGAAAAUGUUUUGCACACAAAUCAGAUCUUGUUAAACAUCUGAGAAGUCACACAGGUGAGAAUCUAUUUUCUUGCUCUGAGUGUGGGAAAUGUUUUACACGGAAACCAGAUCUUGCUACACAUCAACGAAGCCACACUGGUGAAAAGCCAUUUCCAUGUUCUGAGUGCAGGAAAUGUUUUGCACGGAAAUCGCAUCUUGUUUUACAUCAGAGAUGUCACACAGGUGAGAAGCCAAUUCCGUGUUCUGAGUGUGGGAAAUGUUUUACACAGAAAUCAAAUCUUGUUAUACAUCAGAGAAGUCACACAGGUGAGAAGCCAUUUUCUUGCUCUGAGUGUGGGAAAUGUUUUACACAGAAAUCACAACUUGUUACACAUGAGAGAAGUCACACAGGUGAGAAGCCAUUUUCUUGCUCUGAGUGUGGGAAAUGUUUUACACAGAAAUCACAACUUGUUACACAUGAGAGAAGUCACACAGGUGAGAAGCCAUUUUCUUGCUCUGAGUGUGGGAAAUGUUGUUUAAGUAAAUCACAGCUUGUUACGCAUCACAGAAGUCACACAGGUGAGAGGCCAUUCCCAUGUUCUGAGUGUGGGAAAUGUUUUACAUACAAAUCAGCUCUUGUUAGACAUCAGCGAAGUCACACAGGGGAGAAGCUAUUUCCAUGUUCUGAGUGUAGAAAAUGUUUUGCACACAAAUCAGAUCUUGUUAAUCAUCAGAGAAGUCACACAGGUGAGAAUCUAUUUUCUUGCUCUGAGUGUGGGAAAUGUUUUACACGGAAAUCAGAUUUUAUUACACAUCAGCGAAGCCACACUGGUGAAAAGCCAUUUCCAUGUUCUGAGUGCGGGAAAUGUUUCGCACGGAAAUCGCAUCUUGUUUUACAUCAGAGAUGUCACACAGGUGAGAAGCCAAUUCUGUGUUCUGAGUGUGGGAAAUGUUUUACACACAAAUUAAAUCUUGUUAUACAUCAGAGAAUUCACACAGGUGAGAAGCCAUUUUCUUGCUCUGAGUGUGGGAAAUGUUUUACCCAGAAAUCACAACUUGUUACACAUGAGAGAAGUCACACAGGUGAGAAGCCAUUUUCUUGCUCUGAGUGUGGGAAAUGUUUUACCCAGAAAUCACAACUUGUUACACAUGAGAGAAGUCACACAGGUGAGAAGCCAUUUUCUUGCUCUGAGUGUGGGAAAUGUUUUACUCGGAAAUCACAACUUGUUUUACAUCAGAGAUGUCACACAGGUGAGAAGCCAAUUCUGUGUUCUGAGUGUGGGAAAUGUUUUACACAGAAAUCAAAUCUUGUAACACAUGAGAGAAGUCACACAGGUGAGAAGCCAUUUUCUUGCUCUGAGUGUGGGAAAUGUUUUACUCGGAAAUCGCAUCUUGUUUUACAUCAGAGAUGUCACACAGGUGAGAAGCCAAUUCUGUGUUCUGAGUGUGGGAAAUGUUUUACACAGAAAUCAUAUCUUGUAAUACAUCAGAGAAUUCACACAGGUGAGAAGCCAUUUUCUUGCUCUGAGUGUGAGAAAUGUUUUACUCGGAAAUCACAACUUGUUAGACAUCAGCGAAGUCACACAGGUGAGAAGCCAUUUUCUUGCUCUGAGUGCAGGAAAUGUUUUAUACAGAAAUCACAUCUUGUUAGACAUCAGCGAAGUCACACAGGUGAGAGGCCAUUCCCAUGUUCUGAGUGUGGGAAAUGUUUUACAUACAAAUCAGCUCUUGUUAGACAUCAGCGAAGUCACACAGGGGAGAAGCUAUUUCCAUGUUCUGAGUGUAGAAAAUGUUUUGCACACAAAUCAGAUCUUGUUAAUCAUCAGAGAAGUCACACAGGUGAGAAUCUAUUUUCUUGCUCUGAGUGUGGGAAAUGUUUUACACGGAAAUCAGAUUUUAUUACACAUCAGCGAAGCCACACUGGUGAAAAGCCAUUUCCAUGUUCUGAGUGCGGGAUAUGUUUCGCACGGAAAUCGCAUCUUGUUUUACAUCAGAGAUGUCACACAGGUGAGAAGCCAAUUCUGUGUUCUGAGUGUGGGAAAUGUUUUACACACAAAUUAAAUCUUGUUAUACAUCAGAGAAUUCACACAGGUGAGAAGCCAUUUUCUUGCUCUGAGUGUGGGAAAUGUUUUACCCAGAAAUCACAACUUGUUACACAUGAGAGAAGUCACACAGGUGAGAAGCCAUUUUCUUGCUCUGAGUGUGGGAAAUGUUUUACCCAGAAAUCACAACUUGUUACACAUGAGAGAAGUCACACAGGUGAGAAGCCAUUUUCUUGCUCUGAGUGUGGGAAAUGUUUUACUCGGAAAUCACAACUUGUUUUACAUCAGAGAUGUCACACAGGUGAGAAGCCAAUUCUGUGUUCUGAGUGUGGGAAAUGUUUUACACAGAAAUCAAAUCUUGUAACACAUGAGAGAAGUCACACAGGUGAGAAGCCAUUUUCUUGCUCUGAGUGUGGGAAAUGUUUUACCCAGAAAUCACAACUUGUUACACAUGAGAGAAGUCACACAGGUGAGAAGCCAUUUUCUUGCUCUGAGUGUGGGAAAUGUUUUACUCGGAAAUCACAACUUGUUUUACAUCAGAGAUGUCACACAGGUGAGAAGCCAAUUCUGUGUUCUGAGUGUGGGAAAUGUUUUACACAGAAAUCAAAUCUUGUAACACAUGAGAGAAGUCACACAGGUGAGAAGCCAUUUUCUUGCUCUGAGUGUGAGAAAUGUUUUACUCGGAAAUCACAACUUGAUAGACAUCAGCGAAGUCACACAGGUGAGAAGCCAUUUUCUUGCUCUGAGUGCAGGAAAUGUUUUAUACAGAAAUCACAUCUUGUUAGACAUCAGCGAAGUCACACAGGUGAGAAGCCAUUUCCAUACUCUGAAAAAUAAAUCAGCUCUUGUUGCACACAAUAGACAUCACUCGGGUGAGGAACCAUUUUAAUCUUCUGGAGUAUAUGUAUCAUUGCCAUGCGUUGUUCUUCGAGGUUCUUAUCCUAUCUCCUGUGUUUUUUGCAAUGUACAUGCUACUGCAGGGUGAAAUAAUCAGUUGUCAUGCCCUCAUCUACCACUGCUAUGCAGAUGACCUGUCUUUUGCUCCAGGUACUGAGAACCCAGUACAGAUCCUAAAUGGUUGUCUAGCUGAGCUCCAUGUGUGGGUGAUGCUAGUCGGAUGUGACUCGGUCCUAGUGAAACCGGUCCUUAUGAUAGAAGCUUACCAACAAAGGGCAGGGCUACAGCUCAGCUUUGCAAACUAACCAGACACUUACACUUGGGGGUUCAGAGUUACAAAAUGCUGAUCAUGUGCGGAAUCUUGGUGUCCUGGAUGGUGGAGUGACACUUAAACAUCAGGUAUCCGCCACAAUCAGAUCCUCAUCUGAGGAACAUAGCCAGACUCCAGCACUUAUUUCCCUCAGAAGAUCUACCUAUACUCAUACAUGCACUUGUAUCAUUACGCAGAGACUACUGCAAUGUCCUCUACCUAGGUCUCACAGCAAAAGAAUUACGCUGCUUGUAGCUUAUACAGAAUGCAGCAGCUAGGCUGUUACCUAACCAGCCCGUUUCUGCUACAUAGCACCCAUUCUCCGCUCCCUUCACCGGCUGCCUGUAAGAUGGUGACUAUUACAUAAUCUGCUUACUGACUCUCCCAGCCCUACAUGACCAGGGUCGCAGGUACCAGAAGCUGCUUCUGCCUCCUUACUGCCAUGCUUGCUUCCAUCUGCAGAUGAAGGACUGUUACCAGCAGUAGCAAGAAUCCCCAAGCAGUGCUGAGAUGUCAGGGGGGAGACAGGGCAGGUGGCACUAUUGCUGUAGCAGGGGCUGCCGGAGGUACUGUCUGUGGGUAAUGUUAUCCCCAAGCAGUGCUGAGAUGUCAGGGGGGAGACAGGGCAGGUGGCACUAUUGCUGUAGCGGGGGCUGCCGGAGGUACGGUCUGUGGGUAAUGUUAUCCCCAAGCAGUGCUGAGGUGUCAGAGGGGGACAGGGUGGCUGGCAGUAG